AUGGCCGAUCGACAGCCUGCGGUAGUAAACAGCGACGACUGUGCUCAACACCGUUCGAAAAGUGCUCCAAAACGAGUGUUUAACAGCGACGACGUUGUUACAUCCAUUUCCGAGCAAAUAGAACGGUGCCCAGUAGCUGUCGACUGUUGUCGAGAAAGGGAACUAGAGAGCGGCACGAAACGAGCGAAGCUGAGUGCUGGAAAGAGUGAAAUUAGUGCAAAAAAUCAGCAGCAGGAAGAAUCACAAUCCCAACCCAGUUGCGCCUCUCUCGCUAACGACAAGAAACGUCUCAGGCAAGAGAACAGCAUAGACGUAUAUUACAGUGAAAUGCCUUUAAACGUACCAUUCCACGUUAAAGAUGGAAUUCGAUAUUUGAGUCCGUAUUGGACAACGUAUCGUACGCGUGCGAAAGGUCGUUGGAUUGGACGAAAAAUGGUCGAAGUUUUCCGUAAGGAAUUCCUCUCGCAAAAUGCCAAUUAUGCGAUGGUUGCAUGCAAACUGGGUCGUUUGUUCGUGAACGGUCAGCAAGUGCUUGAUCCGGAGUAUCGUUUCAAGCCGAACGAUGCGAUCGUACACGUGGGUCAUCGUCACGAACACCCGAUUCUGGAUCGAAAAAUCCGUAUUCUGGAGAACAGCGCCGAUCUGUUGGUGGUCGACAAACCGCCGAGCAUGCCGGUGCAUGCCUGUGGACAGUAUCGUCUUCACACAGUAAUGGGCUUACUCUAUACUCAGUACAACAUCGCCGGUCUAAGAGUGUUGCACAGGCUGGAUCGAACAACGUCUGGAGUGCUGAUAUUCGCAAAAAACUAUGAGACCGAUUCGGAGUUCAAGGAAACGCUGAAGGCGGGUGAAUGGCACAAGGAGUAUGUGUGCAAAGUGGACGGUGUCUUUCCCGGUGAAGAUGAGGUGUUGUGUGAUGAGCCGUUAGGAACGUUAGUGAUCUCAAUGGGUAUACAGUGUGUGCGAGAAGAAGGUGGCAAGCCGGCACGGACGCGUUUCAGACGGUUGUGGACGGAUGGAAAGCGUUUUUCGGUUCUAAAAUGCAUCUUGGAGACAGGGAGAACUCACCAGAUUCGAGUGCAUUUGCAGUAUUUAGGUGGUUUCCAGCUAUGCAAAGAUAUAAGUGAUGCGCAUCGUUACUCGCUAUGGCAUGAAACUGUGCACCCAGACUACGAGCAGCGUAUGGAACGACUUGCGAACGGAGAGGUUGAACCCGAGCCCGAUAACCUGAAGAUGGAUGGUCGUCCUGACUACGACCCGAUUUGCUUGGGCUGUAAUGUGACGAAACGCCGACCGAGCGAAUCGCACUUUAUGCUGCAUUUGCAUUGCCUCAAGUACGAGACUGAAAAGUGGAGUUUUUCGACGGAUUUACCGGAUUGGGCAGUUGAACCGGCGUGCGAAAGAAUCCCGCAAGAAGCUUACGGGAACACCGUGAUUGGAUAA